GUCGCAGUCAGUCUAAGCCGAACACUCGUCUCAACAACUACCUCUUCGAAUUCGGGGAAAAAGAAGUCGGUAAAAUCGUUGUCUACCACACCACCUCACUGAGUCACACAUAGUCGUCGAUGGUGAUCGCGGGCAUUUUAUGCAUUUUUUGAUUUCUUGACAAUUCCCGUCUACUUGGCUAUUUUUCAGAUACUACCGUGGAGUGCGAAAAAAAUGUUUAAAUGAUUAAAUAAAAGAGCCAAUAUUUUUAAGUGCGUGUUGUUGGUGUCUUAAGUGUGCGAAUGAAAUAAAUUGAAAAACACACACACACACACAAAUCAAAAAGACUAAGCCAAACGCUCUAGCGUUAGUUUUUUUCUAUAUAAACCAAACAAACAAAAGCGAAAAAAUUGCAAAAAGAAGCUAAAAUACACAAAACAUAUAAACCUAAAAUAUUUGCAAUAAAUUGAAGAAAUAAACAGUGUUUUGAACCCUGUUUUUGUGUUUUUGCUCACUCUCGGCAUAGUUGUGAAUAUUUAAUUUAGCAUUAUGUUGAAACGCUUGGCCUCCUCUUCAUUGUAUGCUUCAGCGUCAAGAAAAACGCUUCUUGAAAUCGCUUUGACGUUGUGCUUGUUUUUGCUGUUGAUGGACUCUACAUGGGCGGUGGGCUUUGGACGUUGUCCCAAAUAUCCUUCAAUGCCAAAAUUUAAUAUGAGCAGGGUUCUGGGUCAAUGGUAUGAGGUUGAACGUUCAUUUUAUUUGCCAGAAAUAGCCUCGGGCUGUACCACUUUGGAGUUCCAGCCAUUACAUCGAGAAGAACUCUCAAAAUUCAACAACUUCAAAUUGGAAGUGGCCAUCAAGACCAUAAAUCGCAUUACUGGCAAUCCUUCGGUAAAUUUGGGCUAUGCUACACCGGAAAAUCGAAAGUCAUCUAUAAUGGAUUUUAAGUUCAAUACACGCUUUCCAGAUGUCAUAGCCCGGCUGCUGCCAGGUUCAGGAAAAUAUCAAGUCCUCUAUUCGGACUAUGACAAUUUUGCCAUAUUGUGGUCAUGCGGUAGCCUUGGCUCUUUAGGCUACUCCGAUCAAAUUUGGGUAUUUGGUCGUACACGUGAUUUUCCCGUUGAAACGCGUGCAAAAAUCUAUGAUGCCCUAAAGAAGUUGGGUCUGGAACCGGAUCGUUUGGUGUUGAGCAAGAAUAAAAACUGCCCCAAGACGCUGUAGAAAAGGCAGCUGCAAACAAAUUACAAGUGUAGUUUAAACUUAAGGCCUCUCUAUUUAAGAUUCAUUCAUCAAAAAUAGUAUACACAACACAACAUAGCCACAUAUAAAGCAUAUGUUUGUUUGUGUGUAGGCAUAGUUAUUAUUUGUAUUCUGUAUUGUACUAUAUUCAAUUUAGAAUAGGUUACUGUGAUACGCCUCUACCUGGACCAUUUAAUAAAAACAAUUGCCAAAAUUUGAAA